UUUUCUAUCUUAUCCCAGCUUCAAUCGUGCUUCCACUGUAUGAGAAGAGAAUAUAUAAUACGGUGAUUGAUCUCUCAAGGUUUCAUAGGAAACAGCCCAUUGAAUUACGGUAUGGGGAACAAGAAGGCCAUCAAACAGAGGAAACUGAGUUGGUACAUGAAAGCUCCCAUCCGAUUCCUCUCCAAGGCUCGUGACUUGUACGUCAAUGGCAUGAACCGCUGCUCUCCUCACUUCAACUCCAUCGACACCACCUUCGGCUGCCCCGCCGCCCAUCCCCUCGUCCUCCCUCGCAGCUUCAGCGUCGGCUCCGCCGCGUCGGAGUCUGCUUCUGAUGACUACAGGGAGCUCGUGAGGGCUAAUACUGUGCCUUACCGCCAUCGUGCAGGGCUCGAUCUUUCACCUCAGAAACAGACGUCGCCGUCGCAGGCACCGGCCAAGGCGUCUAAGAUGGCAGUGCCUCGGAGUCGCAGUGUCGGAAUCGGAAGGAUUGAUGAAGACAAGCCGUGUGAAUUUGAAGACGAUCUCAAGACCAAGCCAUCGAUUCAUGGUAGAAGCAGAAGCCACGCCGUUCGCAGAAGCGCCGGUGUAUUCUCUCAGGAAUUAAUUAUCCCAAGUAACGUAAGGAGCUGAGAAUUGUGAAAUUCUUUCUUGUUUGUAUGUCUGUGUUUAAUUCUGUGAGACUUAUUAGAUUAUUAUUAGCUUCCUGAUUCUGUUCUUCAGUUAUUACAUUCGUAUUUGUGCCAAGGAUUGAAAUUGAAACUGUUAAAUAUUCCAAGAA